AUGUGGAGCUCGGCGCCUGAGACGGACGAGUCCGAUGCCAUCAUAGAGCAUCAGAUGCGGAUGUAUGAAGGGCAGAUCGAGGAGUGCGAGCUGGCCAACCCUGUGCCAUACUGGGACGGUUACAGUGGGCUCGUGAGAGUGAGUGACGAGGGCCUGGCCCUGAAGCUGCAGCAAGCGAGCCAGCGGCACCACGGCCAGCGGGGGUCCGAGGCAGCUACCCUGCAGCUGCCCACUCCCUUUGCCAGCAGCGACGCGGAGGUGGAGGCCCCGGGCCCCGGCUCGGGCGGCGUGCUGCUGGCCACCUGCCGCAGCCUGGUGGAGGCGGGGCAGCUGGCGGGCGCGAGCGCCCUGCUGCGCACGCUACUGGCCAGCACCCCCCUGCGCCGCGUGGACGUGGUGGAAAGCGCGGCGGACCUCCUGCUCCAGGCACAGGGCUGGGACCGGGCGCUGGCCGCCACGCCCUCGCCCCGGCCCGCCUGCGCGUACUCGCGGGAGCUGCAGGCCGCGAUGGACUGCCUACGCAGGAGCGAGCCGCGGAGGGCCCUCGCCAUCCUGCACAAGGCUGAGCAAAGUCUUCCAAGCGGCGACGGAGGCUGCGAGGCAGCCAGGCUUGAGAUUCUGCGCGAGUUCAUCCAGGGCAAGCGGCAUGUGUGA